GAUUUUAUUUAUUUAUUCAUAGAGACACACACAGAGAGAGAGAGAGGCAGAGACACAGGCAGAGGGAGAAGCAGGCUCCAUGCAGAGAGCCGGACGUAGGACUCGAUCCAGGGUCUCCAGGAUCACGCCCCGGGCUGCAGGCGGCGCUAAACCGCUGCGCCACCGGGGCUGCCCUACUUGGAUAAUUUUUAACUGGUUUUGAGCCAGAAGCCCUAAUGUAUAAAAUUUCAUUUGUAUUCACAUGAGAAUGGAGAUGGAAACAAUGGUUUUAACAUUUGGCCAAAAAGUGGGCGUUGGGGGUCACUACUGUAAUGUGUCUGAGGGACUGUUGUGAUUAAUGACACUGGGCAGCAAGCAUGGAUGUGGCAGGAGACUUUGGGUCUUGGCUGGACCCUGAACCUAACUUCCGAGGCAGGCAGAUAGGAAGGAGGUCCUGGAGGUGGCUAUGUUCAAGCUGUCCUUCUUCUACUCUAGUUCCUGGGAGUUUCCAUGUCCCUCCAUACCAUUUCUGCCCAUUUUUCUGGAUGAUACUGCUGAGGAUCCUAGAGUUUUCACCUCUUCCACGUACAGAGGAAACGUUUUCUUGUUGCUUAUGAGUGUCCCUGACCAAUCACAGCCUCGAGUAGAACUGGAUCUUUGUCUCAAUACUCACUCCCUCAGGGGGAUCCCUGGGUGGCUCAGCAGUUUAGAGCCUGCCUUUGGCCCAGGGUGUGAUCCUGGAGACCCGGGAUCGAGUCCCAUAUCAGGCUCCCGGCAUGGAGCCUGCUUCUCCCUCUGCCUCUCUCGUGAAUAAAAAAAAUCUUAAAAAAAAAAAUCUUAAAAAAACCUCACUCCCUCAUUCAAUGGCUCUUAGUGCCUGGGCUGACGCUCCUUCUCUGUACCUCAAACUUGUGUGCAAUAUAGGAUUCAUGCCACCAGCUUAGCCUGGGAACUCUUGUAAAGGACAGAGGUGAUGGAUGUGCUUGAAGGUGACAGAGAGGGGAAAGCUGGCCAGCAUCACGUCUUAGAACAUGUGAGGGAGGAUGGAAAAGCCAGUUGCUCUCUGGGCCAUGCCUAGAGAGGGCAUGGGGAAGGUCCCAGGACAGCUGUGGGCAUGCUCUUAUCUCCCUUUUAGGGAAUGGAGCAAAUAUUUAGAGCUUACAAUUCAGCACAGGCCUCCCUUGUACUGGGAAUGCCCUCCAGCUACACACCCGGGCCUAGUCUCUUGCUAGCCUAAGAUUUGCUGUGGAUCUAGGAUGUGCCCUACCACUUUUCUGAGCCCCGGCUCUGUAGAAGAAAUAUGCCCACAGUGCCUCCUCUGUGGAAUUGUCAAGACUCAGCGAGAAGAUAAUGCACAAGACCACAAAGUGUGCAGGCAGGAUAAGGGACACUAUCCCUUCAUCGACACUCCUGCUGGUCUGUACCUUUAGCCCUCCAACCUUCGAUAAUUUGGAACUCCCCCAGCCACCCAUGAACCACUCCUGUAUUGGCUGGAACCAGACUGUAUUCUAGAAUCUUGUCCCCUCCAAUGUCUUCAUGGUUCUAGCAUCCCACCACUAUUCUAGACUGUACGCUCUAGAAGUAGGGGGUCAGUUGCUUCUCCUAAAUAGUUUUGGCUUGGUCAAGUUCCACUGGCUCACUUGAGUCUAUGCUCUUGCCAGGAUGCGGUGGCGGGACCGACUGGCUGUGCUCUUCUUCCCCCAAGGCAUGGUUCUCAGUGCUGCCGCACUGAUGCUCUUCUUUAUACACCUUGGCGUCUUUGCCAGCGAUGUGCACAACUUCUGCGUCACCCACCACUAUGAUCGCAUGAGUUUCCACUACACUGUUGUCCUGAUGUUCUCCCAGGUGAUCAGCAUCUGCUGGGCUGCCAUGGGGUCACUCUAUGCUGAGAUGACAGAUGACAAGUUUUUUCGGUGCUUUGCCCUGACCAUCCUAAUGCUAAACGGAGCCAUGUUCUUCAACCGCCUGUCCCUUGAGUUUCUGGCCAUCCAGUACCGGGAGGAGAACCACUGA